AUAGGUGUAAUAGGAAAAUCUGCUCAAUUAGGAUUUCACAUGUGAUUACCUGAUGCAAUGGAAGGUCCUACUCCAGUUUCAGCAUUAAUCCAUGCAGCUACAAUGGUUACAGCUGGAGUAUUUUUAAUUAUUAGAAUGUCACCUAUAUUUGAACUUUCAUCUACUAUAUUAAUUUUAAUAAUUAUUAUAGGAAGUUUGACUUCUUUUUUUUCAGCAACUAUAGGAAUGGUCCAAAACGAUUUAAAAAAAGUAAUAGCAUAUUCUACUUGUAGUCAAUUAGGUUAUAUGAUUAUGAUCUGUGGAUUUUCUUUUUAUGAUUUAAGUUUAUUUCAUCUAAUAAACCAUGGGUUUUUUAAAGCAUUACUAUUUCUCAGCGCAGGAUCUAUAAUUCAUGCUAUAAAUGAUGAACAAGAUAUGAGAAAGUAUGGUGCUUUAAAAAACUUUUUACCUUUAAUAUUCAUUUUUAUAAUUAUAGGAUCUAUAGCACUAUUAGGAUUACCAUUUUUAUCAGGAUUUUAUUCUAAAGAUUUAAUUGUCGAAGUAGCAUUAUUUUCAAAUUUCUUAUCUUUUUCUGUUUGAAUUAGUAUUAGUGCUGUAUUUAUCACAGCCUUUUAUUCUUUAAGAUUA